UCACGGAGACCUCUUUAUAGGUGCACUGUGAGAGUUACUAGCCUUUUCUCGUCUCUUCACUUCCGAAAACGACAUAAAUACGACAAAAUGCGUGAGUGCAUCUCUGUCCAUGUGGGUCAAGCCGGCGUGCAGAUGGGGAACACCUGCUGGGAGCUGUACUGUCUGGAGCACGGCAUCCAGCCCGAUGGUCAGAUGCCGUCCGACAAGCCAUCAGGAGGCUACGACGACUCCUUCACCACCUUCUUCAGCGACACUGGCGCCGGGAAGUACGUCCCACGGGCCAUCUUUGUGGACCUGGAGCCAACCGUUAUCGAUGAGGUCCGUAGCGGUACGUACCGUCAGCUCUUCCAUCCAGAGCAGCUGAUCUCAGGGAAGGAAGACGCGGCCAACAACUACGCCCGUGGCCAUUACACCAUCGGGAAGGAGAUCAUCGACUCUGUGCUGGACAGAAUACGCAAACUGGCUGACCAGUGCACGGGGCUGCAAGGUUUCCUCGUCUUUCACUCUUUCGGUGGAGGAACCGGCUCUGGCUUCACCUCCCUGCUGAUGGAGCGUCUCUCCGUAGACUUUGGCAAGAAGUCUAAGUUGGAGUUUGCCAUCUACCCAGCUCCUCAGGUGUCGACGGCCGUGGUGGAGCCGUACAACUCCAUCCUGACCACCCACACCACACUGGAGCACUCUGACUGCGCCUUCAUGGUAGACAACGAGGCCAUCUAUGACAUCUGCCGCAGGAACCUGGACAUUGAGCGUCCAUCCUACACCAACCUCAACCGUCUCAUCAGCCAGAUUGUCUCCUCCAUUACUGCCUCGCUGCGCUUCGACGGCGCACUAAACGUGGACUUAACCGAGUUCCAGACCAACCUGGUGCCGUACCCUCGCAUCCACUUCCCGCUGGCCACCUACGCACCUGUCAUCUCAUCCGAGAAGGCCUACCACGAGCAGCUGUCUGUGGCUGAGAUCACCAACUCCUGCUUCGAACCAGCCAAUCAGAUGGUGAAGUGCGACCCGCGUCACGGGAAAUACAUGGCCUGCUGCCUGCUGUACCGUGGGGACGUAGUGCCCAAAGAUGUCAACACGGCCAUCAGCAACAUCAAGACGAAGCGUAGCAUUCAGUUUGUGGACUGGUGUCCUACAGGCUUCAAGGUUGGCAUCAAUUACCAGCCACCCACUGUGGUCCCUGGAGGAGACCUGGCCAAGGUCCAGCGGGCCGUCUGCAUGCUGAGCAACACCACCGCCAUCGCUGAGGCCUGGGCCCGUCUGGACCACAAAUUUGACCUCAUGUAUGCUAAGAGGGCCUUCGUCCACUGGUACGUUGGAGAGGGAAUGGAAGAGGGCGAGUUCUCCGAAGCCAGAGAAGACAUGGCCGCCCUGGAGAAGGACUACGAGGAGGUUGGCCUCGACUCGUUUGAGGAGGAUGAAGAAGGAGAGGAGUACUAGAGAAAGGAAGAACGGCUGGUCCUUUACAGGCUUAUUGGGUUUCUGCAACCUGGGUGGCAAAAAAGUAUGAUAAUAAGAUCCAGGUUGUAAAAAAAAAAACACAAAAAAAAACAAUUACCCUUAAAUGGUGAAUGUGUUUUGGAUAGAGCUGCAUUUAAUUUGUUCCAAAUAAACAACAGGGCAAUCAUCUUUUUACUGUUGAUUUACUUUUCUCUUAAAGAACUGGUUUCAUAUCUGAAAGCCGUUGGCUUGGUGCUUUCUUGGUGGCGACCCUAGAUUUACAAAAUUCUCGCACACUCACAAAGUAAGCUUGAGGUUAGGGUAAAUCUGUAGUAUGUUUCACUACGGAGGAGGAUGGAGGGAGGCACAAUUUUGUCCUAGAUUUCCAAAUUAGUAAGUGUAGGUUUGUUAGCGGCCACUGUUGCAGCAACUAGCUUGCAUUUAGAAGUCCCUGGACAUUGGUAGGCGGGGAUCUCCGAUUGUCUGGUAUCACAACACUAGGCUUAAGUUGAGCUCAAGAUUAAGUUGUGGGUUAGCUAUCGGUUCAUGGUUAGGUUAAAGUAAACGUUGGUUUAAGGUUAGGUUGAGGUUAAGUUAGCACGAGAGUUUUGCAAAUCUAGGGUUACCAUCUAGACACGACACGGUCGACGUCUAUCAGUUAGUCACACGAAAGCCUUUGUACAAAAAGGCCGUUUUGAGUGUUUAGUUGUUUAACAGCCGUUCUGCCAAAUUUAAUGUUACUGCCAAGCAGCAAUACAGCCAUAAAAAUCCCAUGGUGUUUGGUUCCUUUACAAGUUUCUCUUAUUAAAAAUGAUUCUCCAACUUGGAGAAACUAUCUGUGUCUCCUUUUUAAAUAAAGUUGUUGAAGUAUCCCUUG